UGCGCUUGAACGUACAAAGUCUUCCAGAAUAUAAUGAAGUAGAGGAAAACCCCGGAAGCAGUAUUGUUUACACACAGCUCUGGGUUGCAGAGAAAUGGACCAAAAUGAAGACAUGGUCCAAACUAACAGCAGGACGCUGCUCGUCCGCCACCUACCAGCUGAGCUGACCAAUGACGAGAAGGAAGACCUCUUGAAAUAUUUUGGAGCUGAAUCAGUCCGAGUCUUCUCAAAAUGGGGUCGUCUGAAACAUGCAGCUUUUGCAACAUUUAGAAGUGAGAAGAUGGCAGCAAAGGCUCUCAGCAGGCUCCAUCAGUUGGAGAUCCUGAAUCAGACGCUUGUCGUGGAGUUUGCAAAAGGCCAAGAUAACAUUACAGUUCUACAGGAUCAACCAGUUACUGACAGUCUUGUCAAAGUUCAGCAGAAGACAAAGGAGCAAAAACUACCAAACAUUCCACUGAUGGAUACAGGUGUUGCUCCCAGUCUUGGGUUGAAAUUUCAGUCAAAUCCCUCCCUGAAGUAUUUCUACCCUCCUCCAUCCAGCAGCAUCCUGACUAAUAUAACACAUGCCCUCAUCAGUGUGCCUAAGUUUUAUGUUCAGGUUCUCCAUCUGAUGAACAAAAUGAACCUACCGAGUCCGUUUGGUCCCGUCACAGCCAGACCGCCACUGUAUGAGCAUCGCCCUCCUGUUCCCUCCUUCCCCAUGCCCCCUCCACUACCUCCUGACUACCCCCCCUUACCGGUGGAGGAGAUGGAUCUGUCCAGUGGGGAGGAGUCGGAGUACGAGAGCGGGGACGAUGAAGACAAAGAAAGGAUUGCUCGUCUGAUGGAUCUUGUCAACCAAACAUGCAAGAGACCCCUAAGACCCAAAACCUCCUCAAAAAGAAAGAAGCCCAAGAUCAAAGAUCUGCUUUAUGCUCCCAAAGCUGAUUCCCAAAGCGCUCCGGUUCUGGAUCCAUCCGAUGUGUUCGAGCAGCCGAAUCCCACCGGUCCGAAAAAAAUAGAAUUCCACAUAUCAGUUCCAGAAACGGCUGCCGGCAUAGAAGGAGUGGACUCCAGCCAUCCUGAUGACAAACGCAAAGGGGAUGAACCUGAGGAACUCCUCAAGAGCGGUCAGGAGGUGGCUGAAGGUUUUGGGAAGCUUUAUCCCAGCGCUCAGACAUUCCAGCAGCAGGAGGAGCAGAGCGAUGACGAGCGGGAGCUCAUGUCAGAUGUCAUCUCCAGGAAGGAGCUGGAGAAGGGCCGGCUGUCCAAAGAUGAGAUAAAAAGGAUGUCUGUUUAUAAAAGCUAUGAAGCGGGCGAGCCCACCUGCAGGCUGUAUGUGAAGAACAUCGCAAAGCAGGUGGAGGAGAAGGACCUGAAGUACAUCUAUGGGAGAUACAUUAACCCCGCCUCAGAAGCUGAGAGGAACAUGUUUGACAUUGUGUUAAUGAAGGAGGGGCGGAUGAAAGGGCAGGCCUUCAUAGGACUCCCAAACGAGCAGAGCGCUGAAAAAGCCCUGCGGGAAACCAAUGGCUUCGUUCUUUAUGACAAACCCCUCGUGGUCCAAUUUGCCAGAUCUGCAAGACCGAAACAAGACAACUCUGAUCCUAAAAAGAGAACAAAACCUCGAUGAACAGAUACCAAGCCUUGAUAUUUGGCCCUGCAGACCCAUUUGUAUCCUUAUUCUGACAUAUCCUUUGGAGGACACAACCAAACCUUGACAGCAAAGGCCGUUCAUUUCUAAACAGUUGUGUGUGUCUGGUAGAUUAAACCUGAGCAUUUGAUUAAGAUUGUUUUUCAGCUUCUGUUUAUGCUUAUCUGGAUUCUUUUGAACUGAUUUCCUCCUUGUUCGGCUGAAUAGGUGGUGGUCGUCAGAGGAUGUCUUCUUCUAUUCCUGCAUUAUUAAAUGAACUCUUUUAAUAAAGU